AUGGGGCAAGAAGGUCACAAAGAAACCGACGAAGAUUUGAUUGAUGAGCUGCCAAGAAGUUUUGUUUUAUGCGCCUUACAUCAAGCUAAAAUAAUACAUGAACGAUGGAAAUUUUGGUCCGGUACAGUGCCACCUAAUGUCAGCAUUCGUUUACAUCGACUGGAAACACUUGUAUUAGCUAAUAGAGAAAUUCAAAAAGAAAAAUCCAUUACAGAAGUUGUUGAACAUGAUCAACCAUCAAUAAAAGCAUCUCCAAAAAAUUGCCCAACAGAAGUUUCAUUUAAUAUAUCAACAGUUCCAUUAGAGAAAAUGAAUUCAUCUCAACCAUUUCCUACUGAAAUUCAAGGUUAUACAUCAAUUGAUAAAUAUAUUAAUAAACAAAUUGAACCAAAACAGAAUAUUAUUAUACAAGGACCUGAUAUUCCACAUAUUAGUGUACAGAAACGUCGUGGUCAUUUUUUGUGUUGUUAUUAG